AUGGCUUAUUCAAUAAUUCUCAUCACAAUUGCAUUAUUUUUGACAACUUCUGUUGAAUCUUGCACAAAUUCUGGAACAAAGUGAGUCAGCCUUGUAAGAAUUUCCUCCACAAAAUAAAAUCAAAAUCCAUGUUUAGUUGCGCAAAUUGGGUGGCCAAUGGUUUCUGUAAAUCGCCCUAUUAUACAUAUUCCCAAAAAGUUGCAUAUUGUGCAUUAUCAUGUGGUUAUUGCACAUCUUCAACCUCAUCAACAACAUCCACAACAACCGGCUCAUCGAGUUGCACAAAUUCGGCAUCUGCUUGUUCUUCAUGGGCGGCUAACGGGUUUUGCUCGAGCACUUUUUAUACAACCGCACAGAAGACUGCGUAUUGUGCAAGUUCUUGUGGAUUGUGUUAG